CAGGACAACAGCCGCAGAACAGAGAGGCGGACGACACGAGACGCAUCACUGAUUUCUGCUGCCAGGCUUCAUGUAGUAUGCGACUUUCUUGCUCUGCCUGUCUGCAGCCUGACUUAACAGGAGGAAUUAGGAGAAUGGCUGCAGUGAAUGCCGGUUCUCUCAAAUGCCAUCGCCUGAAUGAACCAGGCACCAUGAACAGAUCGCCGCAGUGUGGGAGAAUUUCGUACCUGGGAUUUUUUUAAAGUCUACUGGACAUUGCUUUCAUUCUUAACAAGCGAAUAUCUCAAGCACGAGCCUCCUACAGCACUAAGAAGGGAGGACACUGGGGCUCUCCGUGCGCUCUUCUGGCCCUCCACACGAUGCGUCUGCUUCUGCUGGCUGCGUUUUUCUCUUGCUCAUGCGUGCGGGGCGGCUGCGAGCCCAAGAUUGUGAACAUCGGAGCCGUCCUGAGCCAGAAGAGAUACGAGCAGGUGUUCAAGGAUGCGGUCACUCAGGCGAACCAGGUGUACGGAACGGAUAAAUUUAAGUUGACCGCCAUCUCUGUCACUCACAAAGCCAAUGCGAUUCAGAUGGCGCUGUCUGUGUGUGAGGAUCUCAUUUCCAGUCAGGUGUAUGCCAUCCUGGUGAGCCAUCCACCACAGUCCAAUGACCAUCUGACGCCCACUCCGGUCUCCUACACCGCAGGGUUCUACCGCAUACCUGUAGUAGGGCUCACCACCAGGAUGUCCAUUUACUCAGACAAGAGUAUCCAUCUCUCAUUCCUCCGCACAGUGCCGCCCUAUUCCCACCAGGCACAUGUGUGGUUUGAUAUGAUGCGGGAGUUCCGCUGGAAUCACAUCAUUCUAAUCGUCAGUGAUGACCAUGAAGGCAGAGCGGCACAGAAAAGACUAGAAACUCUUCUGGAGGAGAGAGAGACCAAGAAUAAAAAAAGGAACUAUGAAAACCAAGACCAACUGUCCUAUGACAACAAGAGAGGACCUAAGGCCGAGAAAGUGCUUCAAUUCAACCAAGAGACUAACUUAACUGCCCUGCUCCUGGAGGCCAAACAGUUGGAAGCCCGAGUGAUCAUUCUCUCUGCCAGCGAAGAAGAUGCAGCAGCCGUGUACAAAACAGCACGUUUCCUCAACAUGACAGGCUCAGGCUAUGUAUGGCUGGUUGGGGAGCGUGAGAUGUCCGGUAAAGCUUUGAGCGAGGCCCCUGACGGUACGUACACCCACCUUAGUACAACUGAGACAGGCAAAGGAAAAGAAGCCAUUUGUCUCAGUUUUUCUGUUAAACUAGAGAGGUUUUUUACCAUAAAAAGCGUGGGCAAUACCAACAUCUGGAAGACCGGGCCACUCUUUAAAAGGGUAUUGAUGUCUUCCAAAUACCCAGAGGGCCUAACAGGACGCGUUGAGUUCAAUGACGACGGUGACAGAAAAUACGCUCAUUACAGCAUUCUCAACUACCAGAAGAGCAGACUGAUUCAAGUCGGCAUUUACAAUGGAACACAAGUGGUGAUGAAUAAACAGAGGAAGAUCAUUUGGCCUGGAGGUGAAACGGAAAGACCAAGAGGAUUCCAAAUGUCUACUCGAUUAAAGAUAGUGACCAUUCAUCAGGAACCCUUUGUGUAUGUGAAGCCAACUACGUUGGACGGGACCUGCAAGGAAGAGUACACACCUAAUGGAGUCUUAAUUAAAAAGGUGAUCUGCACUGGACCAAAUGAGACCAUCCCAGGACGCCCAAUUGUUCCCCAGUGUUGCUGCGGAUUUUGCAUUGACCUUCUGAUCAAAUUGGCAAUGACCAUGAACUUCACCUAUGAAGUACACCUGGUGGCAGAUGGGAAAUUUGGAACACAAGAAAGAGUAAAUAACAGUAACAAGAAGGAAUGGAACGGCAUGAUGGGCGAGCUCCUGGGUGGCCUUGCUGAUAUGAUCGUUGCGCCCUUGACGAUCAACAAUGAACGAGCCCAGUAUAUAGAAUUCUCCAAGCCUUUCAAAUACCAAGGACUGACUAUCCUUGUGAAAAAGGAAAUUCCUCGCAGUACACUGGACUCGUUCAUGCAGCCAUUCCAGAGCACACUGUGGCUACUGGUGGGUCUAUCGGUACAUGUGGUGGCGGUGAUGCUUUACCUACUAGACCGGUUCAGCCCAUUUGGAAGGUUUAAAGUAAACAGUGAAGAAGAAGAAGAGGAUGCCCUCACCUUAUCUUCAGCUAUGUGGUUUUCCUGGGGCGUCUUGUUGAACUCUGGAAUUGGAGAAGGUGCCCCACGUAGUUUUUCAGCAAGAAUUUUGGGAAUGGUGUGGGCUGGCUUUGCUAUGAUUAUAGUAGCAUCCUAUACUGCCAACCUGGCUGCCUUCCUGGUGUUGGACCGGCCUGAGGAGCGCAUCACCGGCAUCAAUGACCCAAGGCUAAGGAACCCAUCAGACAAGUUCAUCUAUGCCACAGUGAAGCAAAGUUCGGUGGAUAUUUACUUCCGGCGACAAGUUGAGCUCAGCACCAUGUACCGCCACAUGGAGAAGCACAACUACGAAAGCGCCGCUGAAGCCAUCCAGGCUGUUCGGGACAACAAGCUGCAUGCUUUCAUCUGGGACUCUGCGGUGCUGGAGUUUGAAGCCUCGCAGAAGUGCGACCUGGUGACCACGGGAGAGCUGUUUUUCCGUUCGGGCUUUGGCAUAGGCAUGCGCAAGGACAGCCCCUGGAAACAGAAUGUGUCCCUGGCUAUUCUCAGUUCCCAUGAGAAUGGCUUCAUGGAGGACCUAGAUAAAACCUGGGUGAGAUACCAGGAGUGUGACUCAAGGAGCAAUGCCCCAGCCACACUCACCUUUGAGAAUAUGGCAGGUGUCUUCAUGCUAGUUGCUGGAGGCAUUGCAGCUGGGAUCUUCCUCAUUUUCAUCGAGAUUGCAUAUAAGCGCCAUAAAGACGCCCGCAGGAAGCAGAUGCAGCUAGCCUUUGCGGCCGUCAACGUUUGGAGGAAGAACCUACAGCAAUACCCACCCACAGACAUUACGGGCCAACUCAACUUGUCCGACCCGUCUGUCAGCACGGUGGUGUGAGGCAGAGAAAGAGGGAGAGUUUAACAUAAAGACAUGCUCAUUCUUUAGAGACAAACAAGAUGGAACUAGAGAGGAGUGUUGUAGUACCGCUCCUCUGGGUUUUGCACAAUGGAUCCAUUACGGACGAGAACUACUGAGCCACUUCACCUUUUUGAAGAACCAGUGGGACCUGUUGGGACUUGAUGGUGGACUGCAGGGGAUGACAUGACACUGCAAUGCACUGGAGCACUGCGAACAAACAGACCAUAUAAACACAUACACCUUUAUAGCUUGAUGCUAAAAUUAGUAU